GUUGCUUGGUAACCGCGUCCAUGGUCGGGAAGACCGGCCGCAAAGCCCCGGCUUCUCAGCCGGCGGCGGAGAUCGUGCAGUCGCAGGACUGGGAAGUUGCGGAAUCUGGGGCAAACGCAGCGGAGACAGUGUCUCCUCCGUCUGCCUUGUCUACGACCUCUCCAUCGUCACCGUUGUCUUCAGCAGCCGGGCAGCCCGCCUCCUCAGCCUCGGCCGCAGGAACAGAAACUAGAGAGGUUUCGGCAACUUCUAAGGCUACAGCUGAGCAAGAGAAGAGUCUCUGGCAGCAGAUCUGCGAGGAAUAUGAAGCUGAGCAGCCUCCCUUUCCAGAAGGGUAUAAAGUAAAACAACAACCUGUGAUUACUGUUUCUUCUCCAUUGGAGGCAACAGUUUUUCCAGGUUUAAGUCCAGAACACUUUUUUCAAGUUACCCCAAAUUAUGCCAUUGUCCAAGAUGUACCUUGUGUAGCACCUGAAGCUCCAGAAGUUUUUGACCCCAAAACAUGUUCUCCCAGAGAAUAUCUAGAAAAUUUCAUAUUUCCAGUGUUGCUUCCUGGAAUGGCUAACCUACUCCAUCAAGCUAAGAAGGAAAAAUGUUUUGAGCGGAAAAAAACAAAAUUUAUUGCCUGUGAUUUUCUGACUGAGUGGUUAUACAACCAGAAUCCAAAGAGGACAGAUGAGCCAUUCACAAAAUUCUUUUCAAUUCCAUUUGUGGAAGAGUGGCUAAAGAUUCAUCCUAGGCCCCCAAUUCCUCUCUCUCUCCUGCUAUCAGAAGAAGAAGCAACUCUCAUCAUCCAGUCAUUCUGGAGAGGCUAUCUGGUUCGUUGUGAACCUGAGAUCCAAGAAUUGCGCCAGUGGCAGAAGCAACUGAGGGAAGAUAAUCACAUUCGUCAGAGAGUAAAAGAAUUCUGGGCUAAACAAGAAAAAAAAGUGAAAUGCACUUUAGAGGAUGAAGAAUCUUCUACUCUGCAGUCUGAAUCAAACCCCAUUAGACGCUCUGAGCAAACACAUGCUAGCAUCUUCUUCCGUUUCUAAGUCUUAGACAUAAGAGUUCCCUGUAUGCUGGCAAAAUGAAAUGUCACUGAUGAACACAUCAAAAACACAGCUUUAUAGGCAGGUGUAAUUGAUUGAGUACAAAAUUACUCUCAUUUUUCUCUGGAGCUUUCCCCCAAACAGGACAUUUCUCUUUCAGUCACUGGUCUAAAUGUUUCCCUUCUGUGGUAUAAAACUGUUUCUAAAAAACAGAGUGACAUUGCCAAUAGAUAAUGCAAUCCAGUUAUUAGCAGUGUGCUAUUUUCCAGUUUUCUUUAAGCAUUCAAAUCUGUUUUCCCAUCUUUUUAAACUGAGAUUUAAAACCUGGGAAUUCUGGUUUUCUUUCCCUGAAGCUACAUAUAGUUUUCAACAAGAAUCUGCUCAUUUUAAACUCUUUUGCUAUUGAAGUAGUUAAUUUCAAAAGAGAACAACUUUUUUGGGGUCAUGACAAUCCUUAACAUUUACUAGAAUCUAUAGAGUACAAAUGAAAGCAACAAAAAAAGAAGAGACCAGCCAGAACAAGGUUUUAGCUAAAACCUCUUGGCCAAAAGUAUUGGGGACAUCUUUAGUGCCCUGCUAAAAUUAACAUCUAAUCCGCAUUUAUUCUCCCAUUUGUAAUAUCUGAGGUCACUGCAUCUAAACUGCUGAGACUACCCAUAGGACCAGAUUUUGACGAAAAAUGUUAGUUUUAACAAGUUACAACAAACAUUGUACGUAAAUAGUAAAGCCUUUAUUUUUGUUAAGAACAGCAUUUUGAAAAUAAAACAUAUCUGCCCAUGCUUUACAACCUUCUUAAUUUGUAUUCUUAUAUACAGUCAUUUAUGGUACACAUUGAUUGUCUUGAAAAUUUUCUAAAGGUGUUCUUUGUAAGUAUUCAAUGGUCAGCAGCGGGAUGGGGAGGGACAGGAAAAGUACAUUAUAAAACACACAUUAAUACAUUUAAUAAAUAUAUAUUAUCUAUCAAAAGUGAGCGUCUGCUCUUAAUCAAUUAAUAAAAAGCACCUGCUGGGUAAUCCUGUAAGCUGGUAUAAUAAGUCGAAUCAUUUGAUUAUAAAAGCUACUAUGUUCCCUUUUUUGCACAGCUUUUGGUUAGGCCAAAGUCAGCUGUCAUCAACCAAGAGAUGACCUGGUUAAUUCUUAGUGAAAAAGGUACCCUUUUCAAGGACAAUUAAGCAAUACCUUUUUCCAGAAUCAAGGGGAUGCCCCCAGAGGCCAUAGUGUGCACAGAACUCACAACUUCAUCUUAUUUCUCUUAAACCAUGGAAGAACCACAUUUUAAAUACUACAACAUUCUGUCACAAAGUCAAAGUGUUGUAGAGUUUCAGAAUUGCUGUUCUCCAUCUGCAGAGAGGUGAAAACUGGGAUGAAUCCAGUCUUAACACCCAAAAGGGACAUGGUGGCUUUUAUGGCCCCAGAGUGGCUUUUGAUAACUUAAUGCUAAAAGAUUUAUAAUUUGUGCUUACAAUUGUGUGUUUUAAUCAUGGACGUGCAACUUGUAGGUCAUUUUACCCAAAGUUAAAAAUAAACACGUCUUGUUUACACAAAUAAUAACCGGAGGUGCCAUAAUAAACAGAGAUGCUUUGUCACACUUUGCUUUCUGGGGCAGUUGCUAUCACAGACCAAGGCCAGGCAAAGAUCUUUGUACGAGUCAUGUGAGGUUAUUAGGAAAACAAUGAUCCUCUCUUUUCUGGGAUUACCACUUCUCCACCCCAAAUUACAAUUUAUUAGCUCAUUCCCAUCUUUAAACCCUGCCAAAAACAGAACCUUAAAAACACAUCUGAUAA